AAUCUCAAGAAGAAUCUAGUUCGAGCCUUCAAAAAAGUAUAUACACUAACGAAACUGAUAGCAAAAAUGAUAGUAAUAGUACGUCUUCCAUUACAAAUAUAUUAAUUAGUACUAAAAAAAAGAGAAAUAGAAGUAAGAAAAGUUUUGUAUGGAAAUACUUUGAAGUAGUUGAGAAAAAAGAUAGAAAAAAAGACAUAUGUCAAGUUAUGGUUAAAAAAAAUGGAGAAGACAAAAAAUGUGAAACGGAAUACUUCCAUGACAAUUCAAUAUCAAAUAUGAUUGCUCAUCUAAGAUCGCAUAAUAUCGUAGAUAAUAAAAAACUAAAAUCUGAAACGCAACAGAAUAGGCAAGCUACAUUAACUGAAAUGAUCCGAUCUGAUAUUCCACAUAAGAGCGAUAAGCAAAGAGAAUUAAAUAAAGCAGUUGUUGAAUGA